AUGAGCGAGCUCGGCCGGGCGAACUCGUCCGCCGGUUGGUCUUUUGGUGCGCUGGCCCUGACGCACCCGUGCGCCAUCCAGUGGGAGAUGAUGCUCCGGGUGGCCAACAAAAAGGGAAAGCCCAUCCUCUGCAAGGCCACGUGUGACAGGAAAAACGGCUUGGGCUUUGUCGUCCACCUGCCCGCCAAGGACGGAGAUCUGCCAGACUUGCACCCGGUGGUGGUGGCUGUGGCUGCCACGGUCCAGGGCACCGAGACCCCGGGCCGUGCCUUUCCGUCCGGCGCGACGGUGAUCAGCGCCGCGCACCUCGGUUUUGCACUGGCCGCGGCGAGCUUGGAGGGCGCGGGGCCCGCGGGCAGCGGCCGCUUCGGGCUCAGCGUCGGCGGCGCCUCCGGCGGGUUCCUGCAGAUCCUCCACCGCCGCCUCCGGCUGCCCGCAGGGUGCCUGGGCCCGCCGUGGUGGGAGGCUGUGCGGCGCCUGCGCUCAGCACUCCGGGCGGCCCUGGAGCACGGGGAGGACGCGGCGCCCCCUGGGGCGUGUGCUGGGGCGCCGGUGCUCUUGGCGGACAGCCCGCUGGUGCGGCGCUCCGUGCAGGCCCUCGCCGAGGCUGGCCACGCGUUCAAGGGCCUCCCGGGAGCUGACGUUGGCGAGGCGGCCGGAGGCGGCGUCGUGCCGGUGGUGGAGAGCGCCAGGGUCGCCGCGGGCUCCGUGGCGGCCUUGCAGCCCCUGGCAUCCUGGGAGGCGCUGGUGAUGCAGCGCCAGAAGAGCGUCCAGGCAACCUUUGCGUCCAAGAAGGCGGCGCAGAAGGCAGCGCAUAAGGCAGCGCUGAAGGAGGCGCAGACUACAUCUGUGUCCAAAAAGGCGGCGCAGAAGGCAAUCCGUAAGGCAGUCCGGAAGGCAAUCCGUAAGGCAGCGCGGAAGGAGGCGCAGACUACAUCUGUGUCCAAAAAGGCGGCGCAGAAGGCAAUCCGUAAGGCAGCGCGGAAGGCAAUCCGUAAGGCAGCGCGGAAGGAGGCGCAGACUACAUCUGUGUCCAAAAAGGCGGCGCAGAAGGCAAUCCGUAAGGCAGCGGGGAAGGAGGCGCACCAGAAUCGCACCCAGAGGACGGUGCCACCAGCUCCCCCCACGGUGUCAGAGGCGGUGCGCAGAGUUUGCUCCAUGUCCGAAGGAGGGGACCUUGCUUCAGUAGGGUUCGCUUUGGUGCCCAUCGGCAAGAAGCGCAAGCAGGUCCUCGCGCACCCGGCGGAGGGCCUCGAGAUCGUUAUGCUCCAGGCGAAGUGCGGCUUGAAUGUCGGCGACAGGAGCCAUGUCACCCGCGUGGUCCAGGACAAGAAGAACAAGCUCCACGGCAUAUCGAACGGCGGCGGUGGCGAGCUUGUCGGGAGCGAGUGCGGCAGGGUAUGGGCGUUCACAGGGCCGGGCGGCGCGCCCGCUGGCGGACGCUACCACGAGAGCUUGUCGGCUGCCAGCGAGGCGAGCCCGGCGCCUGGCGCGUGCACGGAGCGACCGGGUCCUGCCCACGCGGCGGAGCGACGGGAUGCUGCCAGCCCUGCGGACGAUCAUGUGACGGGAGCCAGCUCUGGCCACGAAGUCUCGAGCCUGGUGGUUCUUGAUAAUGACGUCUACUCCCUGUGCCAGAACCUUUCCUCGGGAAUGGGGUCAUUUCACAAGGAGGAGGUCUCUGUGUGCCAGGCUCUCUUAGAAAGGGCGCAGCACGUCUGCAAAUUCUCCGAGAAGCAGAGGAAGCGCCUCUACGCAUUCAUUGGACGGGCCACGGGCGGGAUCCCAAAGAAGAAGAAGAAAAAGGCUGAGAAGUACACUGGCCAGGGGAUGGCGCCAAAGCACCGUGACAUGCUGGAGCAGUUGCAAAAGGCGGUUGCCGCAAGGGAGGGCGCUGCGACCAGUGGCGCGAGCGCCAAGCGGCAGCGAACAGAGGAGGCGGAGAGGCCAGGCGCCGCCAAGCAGCAGCGAACAGAGGAGGAUGCUGCAGCCCUGAAGGCGGCCGACGGGAACGCAGAGAAGGCCUUGCAGAUGCUCCAAGGCGCUUCGGCGGCUGCCAUGAGGCGGGCGGCGAUGGAAAUGCGGGCUAAGCCUUGGCCUUCUGCCGGCUCCUCCGCCUUCGCUUCGGUCUCCGUGGAGAGCGUUAGAUUUGGGAAUCUCAAGGCGAUGAUGGGACAGCAGGCGGAGCCACCGGGGGAGAAGCCAGGCAGAGAGGAGGAAUCGGCUUGCGAGAAGGACGGCAGAGGCGCUGGCGACGAGGAGCAGAAAGAUAAAGACGACGCCUCGCCACCGCCAGGCUGCGGCGACGAGGAGGGCGAGGAAGAGGUGCCUGAUGGAUGCGGGACGGCGCCCAGCGAGGACGACGCGAUCGAGGAGGAUGAGGAAGAGGAAGAGGCGGAAGUCAUCGUGGACGUGGACGCCGCGCAAUGGGACUUCGGGGCCGCCUUUUCGGACGAGGGAGACACGCCCGAAGCUGCCCUGGGGGCCUCUGAGGAAGAGGAAGCGGCCGACGGUCUGCAAGCGGAGAUCAAGCUGGCCGUGCCGAUGACCCAACACCCUGCGUGUGAGCCGGCGGCACAGGGCCACCUUGCAGAUCGGCUCAGGCUCUUCUACCAGAAGCACGAUCCUGACAAGUUGGAGCGCGUUGUGCAGGUGGCGAGAAUAUCCAGGGCCGAGAGGAAAGGCUAG